AUGGUUUGGCUGCAUCACGGUCUCAUUGCAUUAACGGCGUUAUCAUCAGUACCACAGACACUUGCAAGGCCGAGUCGUACAUUAUCAAAAGCAUUCCAGCGCCAGGAGCCCUGUGAACUGAUCUCUCUUGCACAAAAGGAACAGCUACAAGAAAGUCCAGGCGCAAAAGUAUUCCUCGUUUCCGCUGAACUUGCCCACUCCUGUUUAACGUCUGUCCCGUUCAAAAAGGAAGACGCCGUUAGGCUGGUUGACGGUCUCGAUUCAUUCUUCUCGUGGCAGAGCACACUCGAUUAUCUCAAGGACCCUCCAAAGGGAUAUCUGCUCCCGGGAGUCGACCUUGAAGAUGGUUUGAAGGGAAUCAGACUUAAAGCCGUUGGCAACGAGUAUGCAAAUGAAUUUGAAUUCCAGAGUGAUAUAAUUAGGCUCGCCUCAGCCGUACACGACGGGCAUUUUAACAUCAACCUCGACGCCAUCAGCACCUUUACCUUCCGAAGAGACGGCAUCGGGCCACUAGUCUCCCUGUCACCGGAUGGGAAGAAGCUCCCUGAGGUAUAUGUCUUUAGAGAUUUAAACGUCACCGCAACGGAAAAGGUAAACUGGAAACCAUCUGCGAUCAAGUCUAUUGACGGGCAGGAUGCCGUUCAGUGGCUGCAGGCCUGGUCAUACCAUGCAAGCUUCCAGGAUCCAGAUGCAUUGUACAACUCUCUAUUUCACUCGAUCCCAAGAUAUGAGCUGGACUCGUAUGGGGGCUUCUUUGCGAUUGGGGGAGUAUACACCGGUCCAACCACCAAGCUGACUUUCGAGAAUGGGACAACGAAAGAGUACAUGAACUAUGCUGCCUUUCAAGAACCGUUUGUCGGCGUGGUGGAUGGUGGUACCUUUUACGACAAGUUCUGCAAUGGAAAGCUUGACGCCGAGCAGCAGCUGCAGAAACGUGACUCCGACAUGGCCGUCAGCCAUCGUGAGGUUCAUCGACGGGCCGUCCCAGGCAAACCUUCCAGAGUACUCUUCCCGAAGCCAGUGGAAGAGUUCGAGUACGGGGAUGUGGCUGGUUAUUUCCUAGGUGACGACCAUCCGGACACUGCCGUUCUAUCCAUCAACUCCUUUUCGGGUUCAGACGAACACCAGGAGCUACGAUUCAGGGAAUUUAGCUCUGUGAUAACCAGGUUUUUGGCGGCGUGUCAGAAACAACGAAAAUCGAAGCUCAUCAUCGACGUGAGUGCAAAUGGAGGCGGCGCUGUCUUUUUGGGAUACGAUGCUUUUAAACAGCUAUUCCCUGAUACGCAGCCGAACGAUGCGUCCAACCUGCGUGCCACGGAGCAACUGGACGUCAUUGGCAGCAAGGUGACCGCGGUGCUGUCAGACCCUGGGCACCGCAACAGCAGCAUGGGCCGGUACCUGCGAGGGUCUCAGUUCGACAUUGGCGUGUACGUCGACACGCAGGGCGAGGCCCUUUCCGACUGGGACGACUUCUUUGGCCCGGAGAAGGUCGGCGACUUCAACUUCACGCGCCUGUCCACCUGGAACCUGAAGAGCGAGGACCUUGCAGCUGCCUCCGGGGACACCGUUGUUUCCGGAUACCUGGAUCGCGGCGACCUGCCGCCUCAGGUCUUUAAGCCGGAGGAGAUGAUCCUCCUGACCGACGGUACCUGCAGCUCCACCUGCGCAAUAUUCGCAGACCUGCUGAAGCGCAACGGGGUGAAGUCAGUGGUGACCGGCGGCCGCCCGCGCGACGGGCCGGUCCAAGCGAUUGGCGGUGUCAAGGGCUCGCAGGUCCUGACGUACCAGCAGGUCUACCAGGCGGUGUCGUCCGUCUACAGAGGGUAUUCGACCGCCCGCGAGCGAGAGGAGCUGGCCAAGACGUCCAUCGGCGAGAUGUAUCGAACGGGAGAGUACGUCCUCGCUCGAACGAGGCGAGACGGCCUGGGUGGACGAGUCAACUUUCGCAACGCCGUCCGUCCAGACGACGGGUCGCGCACUCCACGUCAGUUCGUCAACGAGCCCGCCGACUGCCGGAUCUGGACGACACCGAGGAUGUUGUUCGACAUCACCGUCCUCUGGGGCGCGGUGCAUGAUGUCGCCUGGGGGGAGAGCAGCUGUGCUCCUUAG